AGAUCAAACGAUGAUCAAAAAGUUAGUUCCAUUAGUAUGCCUGCUUGGCUAUUCAACAAUUUCAUUCGUGGUGUUUAACAAAGUGUACGAAACGACACAGCUGGUAAUCGAUGAGGAGUUUCAUCUGCGCCAAGGAGAUCACUAUUGUCAUGGCCGGUUUCAAGUGUGGGAUCCAAAAAUUACAACAUUCCCUGGGCUUUAUCUGGUGUCCGCACUUGUGCUACGACCGCUCGAUGCCUGUUCGGUGUAUAACCUGCGGCUAACGUCCCUCAUUGCGGCAAUUGUUAAUGCGGUGCUUAUAUUCAAAUUAAGACAAAGCUUUCUAAAUCAGAAAGGAUCCACCACAACGCUGAUACUGGAAACGGCUUCACUGUUGUUGCUCCCGCCGUUGUAUUUCUUUUCCCAUCUUUACUACACGGAUGUGAUUUCCGUGACGGCGGUGCUACUGUUGCUGCUAGCCAGCGAGCGACGACGGCACAAUUGGGCCGCAUUAUGGGGCUUCUGUGCGGUGCUGAUGCGACAAACCAACAUCGUGUGGGUUGGAUUUGUAUGCGGCUCGCGAGCGAUCGAUAUGCUGGUAGCUCGUGGAAAGUUACAAGAAACACUACUCUCACCAAAGCGAGUGUUUGCAGUUGUGGCGGAUAUAAUCGAUCGUUUCUGGGCGUACGCUAUCGUAAUGGUUGGUUUUGUCGUUUUUCUGAUAUUUAAUGGUUCUAUAGUGAUAGGCGAUAAAUCGGCACACGAAGCUGCCGUACAUUUUCCUCAGUUGCUUUACUUUGCUGUGUUUUUCGCGUCAUUCAGCGCUUCUUUGGUACUUCCGACAAUGAGAACAAUCCUGAGAACGGUAUUACGUAAAUGGUACGUUGGACUUAUCGUUUGUGCAAUUUUGGGCGCCAUAGUACACUACAACACAAUCGUGCAUCCGUACCUAUUGGCCGAUAAUAGACAUUACACGUUCUAUCUUUGGAAUCGUUUCUUUGGCCGCUGGUGGUUCGCACGAUACCUCCCAUUGCCGGUGUACAUGAUCGCUGGAUUGCUGCUGUGGAAGGCAAGCAUGCAGUAUCAAUCGUUUGGAUACAAAUUAAUGUGCACAUUGGCCAUAUUGGCAUCGAUAGCUCUACAGCAGCUGAUUGAAGUUAGGUAUUUUAUUUUACCAUUUCUUGUGCUGCGGUUAUUGCGCAAAGGAGGGACUUCAAGAGGCGCUCUGGUGGUAGAAUUGCUCCUCAACAUUGCCAUCAAUGUAGUAACAUUUGCGCUCUUCUUUCACAAGGAAAUAGUAUGGAAAAACUAUUCUAACCCACAGCGUAUAAUGUGGUAAU